AUGUCAGAGUUUUCCCAGGUACAGCGCCCGCGAGCCAUGGAUAAGGCCCGCCGCCCAUGGACUGAUAUAGAGGAUAAGACCUUGAGACACCUUGUCUCCCAGUUCGGCUCUGCUCGAGGACGCCAGGGCCGGUGGACAGAUAUUGCUCGAGGACUGCCAGAUCGCACAGCAAAGGAAUGCCGGAAGCGCUGGUUUCAUUCGCUGGAUCCGUCUGUCCGCAAAGGGCCAUGGACUCAACAAGAGGAUCGUAUCCUCCUAGAGGCAUAUGCCAGGUUGGGACCGGCCUGGAGCGACAUUUGUCUUUUGAUCCCCGGGAGAAAGGAUGACCAAUGCUCCAAGCGUUACAACGAUAUCCUCUCCCCGUCAGCCAAAGAUCGGCUUCGGGGUUGGUCAGAAGAGGAGGACCAGGUCUUACGGGACAGCGUCCAGUCUCUCGGCCAUCGUUGGUCCGCUAUCUCCGCCCUCUUCCCUGGACGACCUCCAUUAACCUGUCGAAACCGGUGGAGGCAUUUAUCUGCUAAGCAGGCAAUAGUAUCCAGUGGUGAAGACAGCGGCAGUCCGAGCCUAUCGUGCGACACUCCCCAAGAAACUAUACAGGAUCACGAUUCAGCGUUGGGCUCAAAUGCUAGCCUCUCGUAUACACCUGGAACAACACCUACCCAUGAUCUUUAUAGUCAUCAAAGUACUAGCGUAGCGCAAUUGGACACCUUCCAGCAGAUCGAGGAUAUAGAGUCGCAGCCCAGUUUCUUGGGAGAGACGGUUCCGUCCACCGAAACGAUCUUCGACGCAAUGGAUUAUGCGUUCACAGAUAUGUUGUCAACUGAAAUAGAACCGGGCAUCCAGACUCAGAGCCAGUCGACCACAGCUUGGGAUACAACCAACGAAUUCGACACCAAAACAAAUGCGGCAUCGUCACCGACAACUUCUAUAGGCAUUGCCUCAAGUUUCCUCUCUCGAUGUGGACCACAACUACUAACCAACGAGAUGGAGUACCGAAUGGUGGCCCCGUACCGUGGCAAUCAAAUUCCUAUAACAAUGCGUUUGCGACGUUGGGAAGCACAAGCCCAGUCACCUAUCAUCACCAUCACCAUCACCACCAUCACCACCACCACCAUCAUCACCAUCACCAUUAUCAUCAUUAUCAGAAAGAAAAUAGAGAUCCUCAACCUCCUUAUGGCAUGCCACAACGACUUUGGGAAAUUGAAAAGCAGAAACCUAACUAUGAAUCCUCACCAUCGUCGUUACCAUCACCACUAUCAUCAUUAG